CAUCAGCAGAAUUCGCAAUCGCAUCGAGCGGCGCGCAUAGUGUCUAAUAAAUCGGCUUCUGCUCAACUGUACUAGAUAAACUAAUUCAUCAUGUCGAGUGUGCCAAAGCGACAAAAAUUGGAUGCUGUCGCCGAUGCAAAUACUUCUGCCGGUCCCAAUGAGGAGGAGUCUGAGGCGCUGGAACAAAUCGAUGCCUGUCAAAACGAGAUUGACGCAUUGAACGAGAAAGCCAGCGACGAGAUCCUAAAAGUCGAGCAAAAAUAUAACAAACUACGCAAACCGUGCUACGAGAAGCGAAGCGAGCUCGUCAAGCGGAUCCCCAAUUUUUGGGUGACUGCCUUCAUCAACCACCCGCAAGUAUCUGACAUUCUGGACGAAGAAGAAGAAGAGUGUCUGCAUUCGUUAAACAAACUGGAGGUUGAGGAAUUCGAGGAUAUUAAAUCUGGAUACCGCAUAAAUUUCCAUUUCGAUGAAAAUUCUUAUUUUGAAAACAAGAUUCUCACCAAAGAGUUUCAUUUGAAUUCGGCGGCUACCUCUGAAAAUGGUGAUUGGCCCGCGUCUACUAGCACGCCCAUACAAUGGAAGGAGGGAAAAAAUCUACUUAAACAGUUGCUACAGAAACCUUAUGGCAACAAGAAGAAAAGGAACUCUGAUUACAAGACUUUCUUCGAUUGGUUUUCGGACAAUGCUGACCCCGUCAAUGACGAGAUUGCUGAACUGAUAAAGGAUGAUCUUUGGCCAAAUCCACUGCAGUAUUAUCUCGUACCUGAUAUUGAGGUGGAACCAGAGGAAGAGGAUGAGAACGAAGACAACGAAGAGGAAGCAUUUGAGGAUGAUGACGGUGAAGAUGAGGGUGAUGAAGACCUUGAGGAUGAAGAUGACAAGUAAAUCCUUCAAUCUAUAAUAUAUGAGCAAUUUUAAUUUUUCCAAUUGAGUUCCCAUAGUGCUAACCACUUAACUAUUAUUUUCGUAUGGUUAUGUAGGGAUUCAAUUAAUGGAGCGUCAACAUUAUUUAUGUUGCAACACAAUUGCAAAUACAAUUUUUAGGCAGUUAUACAGUUACGUCUUAAGUACAAUCCCUAUGUAUUUCCGAAAAACCCAUCUAUUAAACAACAGAUUUUUAAAAUACA